AUGGAUUCUGAUUUGAUGGACUUUUUUGAUUUUUCAAAACCGUUUAAUCGCGGUCCAGCGCCGAAAGGCUGUAUAACUGGCGACCGGACAGCAUUUACAACAGAGUCCACCGAUUCCAAACCGAUCAAGCGCGAGAUUGUCGGCAAAGAUUAUGUGCACGAAAUUGUCGAGAAAGAAAAGCAGCUUAUGAACAAAUUCGCUGACGGGCAAAUUAAUAGGAAACCGAACAAAAUGCUUGAUGAACUGGACAGUGAUGAUGAUGAGUUAAUGCAAGAACUGCCGGGCGUACGAUCAGAUGAAGAAUACUAUAAGAAAUAUCGAUUCGACCUAAAUCGGAACAAAAAUCUGCCAAUCUACGAGCAGCGUGAAGAUAUCGUGACAGCCAUUAGAGAGAAUCCAGUGGUCAUUUUGAAAGGCGACACCGGCUGUGGUAAGACUACCCAGGUGCCGCAAUAUAUUCUGGAUGAGGCAUUCAAACGGCGCGAGUUUUGUAAUAUUGUCGUUACGCAGCCGCGCCGCAUUGCUGCUAUUUCGAUUGCCAAUCGUGUGUGCCAAGAGAGAAAAUGGCAACCUGGCACUGUGUGCAGCUAUCAGAUUGGACUACAUCGCCAAUCGAAUCUGGAGGAUACGCGCCUGUUAUACUGUACUACAGGUGUUUUACUAAACAAUCUUAUUCGAUUUAAAACGCUAACCCAUUAUACACACAUCAUACUGGAUGAGGUGCACGAGCGUGAUCAGGAUAUGGACUUCUUGUUGAUUUUGGUGCGCCGCUUGCUGGCGCUCAAUUCACGCCAUGUAAAAGUCAUUCUGAUGUCGGCCACAAUUGAUACGAGCGAGUUUUCAAAAUACUUUGCCACGAGCUUAUCUUUUCCACCCGUGGUCAUCGUUAGUCAUGGACGUAAGUAUCCUCUGGUCAAAUUCUAUCGUGAUCAGUUGAAAAAUAUACACUGGAAGGAUGAGCCUCAGCAGAGCACACCAGGCAUAGGACCUGAGGGCUAUGGCGAUGCCAUCAAACUUAUUUUGGUCAUUGAUAAUAUGGAGCGCAAGGCCGUUGGUCAAUCCCAGCAGUCCUACGAAGAGGCAAAGCGCACCGGCUCUGUGCUUAUCUUUCUACCUGGCAUCAAUGAGAUUGAUACAAUGAUGGACCAUAUAACCAGAAUAGUCGACGAGAAUCCUAGCAUGAAAAUUACCAUUGUGCGCUGUCACUCGCUAAUGUCGCCCGAUUCGCAGGAGGAAGUCUUUCAUCCUCCUCCACCUGGCCACCGCAAGGUCAUACUGACAACCAACAUUUCGGAGAGCUCUAUUACAGUGCCAGAUGUUUCCUAUGUAAUUGAUUUUUGUUUAACCAAGGUAAUGCACACCGAUACCGCUUCCAACUUUAGUAGCCUGCGCUUGGAAUGGGCUUCUAAAGUUAAUUGCCGUCAACGUGCUGGACGUGUUGGUCGUCUACGUAGCGGACGAGUUUAUCGUAUGGUUACUAAAGCCUUUUAUAUGGAACAUAUGAAAGAGUUUGGUACCCCCGAGAUACUCCGAUCGCCGCUUCAAAAUUCGGUACUAAGAGCUAAGGAGCUCGAGAUGGGCAAGCCGAGUGAAAUUUUGGCCCUUGCUAUGUCACCGCCUAAUCUUUCUGACAUACAAAACACAGUGUUGCUUCUUAAGGAGGUGGGCGCCCUGUACACUACCGUUGAUGGCGUUUACGAGGAACUGGAUGGCGAUCUUAGUUGUUGGGGAAAAAUUAUGUCUCGAUUUCCACUAGACGUACGUCUCAGUCGCCUGAUUAUACUCGGUUACGUUUUUAAUUGCCUGGAUGAGGUAAUUGUUAUUGCGGCUGGCAUGACUGUGCGCAGUCUGUACCUGACUGGCAGACGUGGACAGACGAACGAUGCUUUUUGGAUGCACUACAUAUUUGCCGAUGGUUCUGGCUCCGAUAUGAUAGCCAUUUGGCGUGUGUAUAGAAUCUACCUAAAUAUGUGCCAGGAUCGAAUGCUUAAGGAAUCGGCGGAGCAAUGGGCCAGGCGCUUUAACGUUAACUUGCGCUCGCUUAAGGAAAUGCAUUUGAUGGUACAGGAUUUGCGCCAACGAUGCGCAGCUGUCAAUAUGCAGCCACUGCCUUAUGGUGCCUGCCACAUGUGGGAUGAUCGCGAGAAGUCCAUAAUUCUAAAGGUGAUCUUUGCUGGAGCAUUUUAUCCAAACUAUUUUAUACGAAGCAACAAAGCGAAUGCCGAUUACGAUCGCAGCUUGUUCCAAACUAUUUGUGGCAACGAUCCAUGUCGCACCGUGUAUUUCACCAAUUUCGAGCCGCGUUACAUGGGCGAAUUGUACACGCGGCGUAUCAAGGAACUAUUUCUGGAGGCAAAAAUCCCAUCGGAGAGCAUGGACGUCACCUUUCAGCACGGCUCAGAAAAGGUAUUUGUAACAUUUAAAGCGGACGAUGAGGAUAUGGACAGCACAAAGGUCAUACAAGUGCCAGGUCGCGUCAUGACCGAGGUAUAUAAAGCAGUGCGCAUGCGUCUUGAGAAUAAGAGUCGUCCACUUCGUGUUAUGGAUCAAAACUCUGCCUUUCGCUAUGUGCAGCAGCGUAGAAUUGGUGUAAUUAAUGACUGCACCUGGGUGCCGCCAUCAAAGCAAUGGAAUGUUGAGCUACUCACCUUGCCAUCUGUGUUUGAGAAGAGUAUCACUGGACUUAUUACAUAUAUUGCCAACUGUGGCAAGUUUUUUUUUCAGCCGCAUGCGCUCGCUGAUCGUAUUGCGAGUAUGUCGGAGAUUUUCAAUGGAUCCCAGCAGCUUAGCUACCACGUUCGGAAUGCGAGCGCAGUCACGAAGGGUCUGCAACUGCUGGCAAAGCGGGGAAAGCUUUUCCAACGCGCACAGGUACUAAAGAUUGAGACGCAGAUAAUUGGUAAUCCUCAGUUCCGCGUGCGUUUUAUUGAUUAUGGCGAUGUGGCUGUGCUGCCCAUGGAUAAGCUACGUCUUAUGUCUCCUGAACUGAAACGUGAUUUUGAGCAGUUGCCUCCGCGAAUGUUCGAGUGCCGCUUGGCGCUGGUGCAGCCCUCGUCGGUGACGAGCUCCUAUAAUCGCUGGCCCAAACAGGCCAACGAAAUGUUGAUCUCGGUUGCCAAGUCCGGACGGCUCCAGAUGGAGGUUUAUUCGCUGGUAAACAAUGUGGCUGCUGUUUUAAUACAUACGCGCGAUGGUGACCUGAACGAUAUACUGGUGGACCGUCAGUUAGCUCGUCGUGCCGACGAGGACUAUAUGUCACGCAAGGAUCAUGAUAUGCGAAUACGUAAGCAGGAGACUAAAUGUAAUGUUCCCAUUGCAGACCAGGAGCUCAUCAAUGAAGAGUAUUUACGCUUCGCCCAAUUGCCAAAGGAUGCAGAUUUAGAGCCACCACCUCUUGAUAAAUGCAAUCUUAGUAUACGCCUCAGAGGCCCAUUCAGCCCGCUCGAAAGCAGCAUAAGUUCUGUGCUUCGCAUUGGCAUGUAUAAGUCGGUCUUCAUUGACAAAGAAUCUGUCAAUUCUGUGCUCUUGGAUACUGAUCCACAGGAUCGGCACGAUCAGAUGGUGGUGGCUGCCUCAGUGACUGAAAGCAAUGAGAGAUUGACGGCUCGCGGCACAACAUUGAUGCCCAACAUACAUGGCUUUGGUGCUCUGAUGGCCAUGCUCUUCUGUCCCACCAUGCAAAUCAAAUGCAAUAAGAUUCGCACAAAGUAUAUAUCCCUGUUGGCUGGACUCGGCUUUAAUCCUCAUACUAUGGAGUCGUAUUUUGAAGAGCACGAUAUGGUCAUCAGUUUGGAUGUGGCUAUACUUAAAGAUGAUAUCCGAAUUAUAAACCAAAUGCGUUACAAUAUUGACAGCAUGUUUUACAAUUUCGAUGUCAACGAGAUGCCCUCUGUGGGGACGGAGGAUCGCGUUAUAAUCUUCAAUCAGUUGCGAUCUUUGCUCACUCGUCUGCUUGGAAAGGAUCGGAGUUUUAUUGAACGCCAUGUGUCUAAUUCCGAAUACCUUUGGGAGGACAUGUCAGAUUUGGAGCCGCCUUCCGAACCAUACGGCAAGCGUGCUAUAUUCCCCAUGCACUGCUCCUACGAUUUAGAAUGCGAGAAUAUGGGCAACUUGUUGGCUCUACAAGCGAAUUGCAACGAAUUGUAUAGUUGGCGCAACUUCGAGGGUACUUUGCAGCCCCUGACAUGUAGAUUGUGCAAUGAUACGCUCGAGUCCGUUGCCCAGUUGCGAUUGCAUUUGCUGACCCAACUGCAUCGCGAUCGGGAGAGGCAAGUGGGCUUUAAGCAGCAGUAACCUUAGUAUAAAAUACCUAAUACGAUUUACUUUAAGAGACUAUGACUUUUUGACUUAAACACCGAUACUCAAACCCUAUUAAUAUCUAUACACGCAUAUCUUAUCAAACUGAUAUGCGUUUAUAAUGACCAAAGCUUGUUUUAGAGCACUUUGUUAAUCUGU